AUGACCGCAAUGAGUCUCCUUAUUAACCCAGUAAAGAGACUCGACCAAUUAAUUGAGGACCCACCAACCGAAAUUGAUAAGGGCUGUACUCAAUGUCCGGAAGUCACAAAGACCACCGUGCCGAAUGUACGCCCAAAGUCAGCCGUUAAAUUCGAUCUUGCCCAACUUGGCUUACGACGGAAGCGCUAUGAAAAUAAUACUGGUUACUUUGAAGACUUUGGCAGGCUUGAAGGUCUUCUGCAAAAAGAGCUCAAAGUUGGUAGAAAUUUAUUGAGGGAAAAUACCGAGCAAUACCUCCACGUGUGCCAGGCAUACAUCUCGAAGUGCAAGCUCGCAGAAUUAACGGAAGAAAAAGAAGGCAAAAUUAAUCGCUCAAAAGAAGCUCAGGAAAAAAUUGCGCUUGUUGAAGAAGAAAUGCAAAGUAUCAAAAAAAGGAUCGUCACUGUUUGA